UGUUUUAGGGGACAUUUUAGUGUGCUGCACAUAAAAGCAAGCUAACUAAGUGUCCCUGAACGGCCGUGGGUGAACGGAAGGCUGACACCAAAACAAUGGAGCCACAGAGGAAACGCUGGAAAGGGUCGGAGUGCGACACUGACUCCUGGGUUGCAUAUCCUGUACUAUCUGAUGAGCAGUCGCAAGAUGUCGAGCUGAUAGAGGCGUUUGCUGCACCAGUUCUCAACAAAAAAGAGACCUCUCGACUUGUCAGGGAGCUGAACAUCCUUUACCCACUGAACGGCCUGCAGCACAUCAAGAGGGUGCGGGCUUGCAAGGAGAAGGGGAGCCCCCACCCUCUGGAAGUCCUGGUGUGCCUUAUUGGCGAUGCACCAGACAUGAAGGUGACCAGCAUCGACUCUCUGCUGCCCCCAGAUGGAGUCAGGCAUGAUGGAUUAGGUGAGCCUUUUGUGGUUAAGGUCCCUGCACGACCUCCCUUGACUCGAACUCAGUUUGAGCUGGCGAGCAAACACUGGCCCACCUCCUUUCAUGAGGACAAACAGGUGACAGUUGCCCUGAGAGGAGAGCUCUUCAGCCCACCCCAGAAAGCUACAAUGCACAUGCACAUGAUGACUGCUUUAACUGCUGCCAAAGCUGGAAAGAAGAUGGGGAUGGAGGCAGUUGGGGCUGUAGUGGUCAACCCAGCAACAGAGAGAAUCAUCGCAGUGGGCCAUGACUGCCGAGGUGACAAUCCCCUUCAUCACGCAGUCAUGGUCUGCAUUGACCUUGUGGCUCGGAGCCAGGGUGGUGGAUGUUAUUCCUUCGACAGAUACCCUGCUUGCCGAUGGAUUUCACCAGGCUCAGAUACCUUUCCAAAUGUAGAUCUACGAACUCCAUUUGAAGAAUUUUGA